AGCCGACGACCCAGCGAAACGGCAAAAUCUAGAAGCGCCAAGUUUCCUUCCUUUACUCUCUCUCUCUCUUUUAACGUUGUUGUUGUCUUCGUCACCAAGUAAACCCUAGAUUCUCAAAUCUCCUUCCGAUCUACCACUUUUUCAAAAUUGAAAACUUUCUUCGUUGAAUCUGAUUUCGAGUUGUUUUUAUAAAUUCGAUUCUCGGAUAAAGUUUUUGUCUUUCCCUUUCCAUCUUCAUCAAAAAAGUUUUCUUUUUUUCUUUUUCUCGUCGGCCAUAUCGAACGAUUUCACGCAAUGUCUUUCUCCGAUUCUGGAUCGUCUUCCUCUAGUGGUGGAGAUUACAAGAAUUUCAGACAAAUCACCAGAGAAAGGUUACUGUAUGAAAUGCUUAGGCCAGAGAAAAAUGGGAGCUCUAAAUCAACUUGGAAGGUGCUUGUUAUGGACAAGUUCACAGUGAAGCUAAUGUCAUCUGCCUGUAAAAUGUCUGAGAUCACCCAACAAGGCAUUUCUUUGGUUGAGGUUAUAACUAAACACAGACAACCUAUGACUUCCAUGGAAGCUAUAUACUUUAUCCAACCGACCCAAGAAAAUGUGACUGCGUUUUUGUCAGAUAUGACUGGGAAAUCUCCACUGUACAAGAGGGCUUUUGUUUUCUUUAGUUCUCCUGUUUCGAGAAGCUUAGUUAAUCACAUUAAGAAAGACUUGAGAGCGAUGAAACGAAUUGGUGGAUUGAAAGAGAUGAACUUGGAGUACAUUAGCAUGGACAGCCAGGGGUUUAUUACAAAUAAUGAAAAUGCUCUAGAAGAACUUUUCUGUGACGAGGAAAACCAUCAAAGAGCAGAUGAUUGCUUGAAUGUGGUUGCUAAACGCAUUGCUACAGUCUUGGCCUCGCUAAGGGAAUACCCACUUGUUCGCUACCGUUCAGCUAAAGCUCUUGAUGCCACAACAAUGACAACUUACCGAGAAUUGAUUCCUACAAAGCUUGCUGCUAGUGUAUGGAAUUGUCUGGCAAGAUACAAACAGACGAUCGAAGAUUUUCCUCAGACUGAAACAUGUGAACUACUUAUCUUAGAUCGAUCCAUAGAUCAGAUCGCACCUCUCAUUCAUGAGUGGACUUACGAUGCGAUGUGCCACGAUUUGCUUAAUAUGGAAGGAAAUAAAUACACACACGAGGUUCCGAGUAAAACUGGUGAUAAACCUGAGAAGAAAGAGGUUCUCUUAGACGAUGAAGAUCCCCUAUGGGUAGAGCUUCGUGAUGUUCACAUUGCAGAUGCAAGUGAAAGAUUGCAUGAGAAGAUGACAAACUUUGUGUCAAAAAACAAAGCCGCACAAUUGAAACACAGUUCAAAAGACUUUGGUGAUCUUUCCUCAAAAGACUUGCAAAAGAUGGUUCACGCUUUGCCUCAGUACAGCGAACAAAUUGACAAGCUUUCUCUACAUGUGGAGAUUGCUAGAACAAUUAACAGAACUAUCAUGGAACAAGGUCUAAGAGAUCUCGGGCAGCUCGAGCAGGAUCUUGUUUUUGGGGAUGCUGGAAGAAAAGACGUUAUCAAAUUCUUGAGCACCAACCAUAUUAUAAACCACGAAAGCAAGCUACGGUUAAUGAUGAUCGUUGCGGCAAUAUAUCCAAAGAAGUUUGAAGGUGAAAAGGGGCGAAAGAUGAUGGAGUUAGCAAAAUUGUCGGGAGAUGAUGUAAUAGCUGUGAACAAUAUGAGAUUACUUGGACCAGUACAUACAGAGUCCAAAAAGAGCACCACAGGAUCUUUCCCUCUCAAGUUUGAUGUUUUGAAGAAGAAGCGAGCUGCUCGAAGAGAUCGAGUUGGUGACACUCAAACAUGGCAGCUGUCUCGUUUUUACCCGAUCGUAGAGGAACUUGUUGAGAAACUUAGCAAAGGUCAUUUGCCAAAACAAGAAUACCCUUGCAUGAAUGAACCAAAGCCAACCUUUUAUUCUGGCUCUCAAUCUCCAUCAACCAGUCCGGUAUUGCCUCAUUCAAGACGAACACCAACAUGGGCAAGACGUCAUCUUUCUGAUGACGGAUAUUUCAGUGACUCGGUUCUAGGACGAGCAUCUAGCGGAUUCAAGAGAAAGGGACAGCGGAUUUUCGUGUUCAUAGUAGGAGGAGCAACAAGAUCAGAGUUGAGGGUUUGCCACAAACUUACGGAGAAGCUUGACAGAGAAGUGAUCUUAGGCUCAUCCAGCUUCCUUGAUCCCCAAACUUUCCUCACUAAAAUGAAACGACUAAACGAAGAAGAGGAGAUCUCACUAGAUGAUAUUAUCAUUUAAGUUUCAUGUUUUUUCUUGGAUGGGGUUUCUCCGACGUCGUUUAGACAAACUUGGUAUCGAUUUUUUUAUUUUUGGAAUUAAUUUGGGGAGAUAUGUUCCCUAUAUGUACAUAAGUGAGUACAAUUUAUUUGCUUCCUUGGUUUGACUAAAAUUAAGGGAAUUGCUAUA